AUGAGCCAGCGACAUACAUUACAAGUUUUUGAACAAUAUCAAAAAGCUCGUUUAACAUUUGUUCAAUCUGUAGCCGAUCUUGCAACACGACCACAAAAUAUUGAAACUCUUCAAAAUGCAGGUGUCAUGGCAUUACUUCGUCCAUUAUUACUUGAUGUUGUACCAAGUGUACAACAAACUGCUGCACUUGCUUUAGGUCGUUUAGCUAAUUAUUCUGAUCAUUUAGCUGAAUCUGUUGUACGUGGUGAUAUUCUUCCACAAUUGGUUUAUUCAUUGGCUGAACAAAAUAGAUUUUAUAAAAAAGCAGCAGCUUUUGUUUUACGUGCUGUUGCUAAACAUUCACCACAAUUGGCUCAAUCAGUUAUUGAUUGUGGAGCACUCGAUGCACUUGUUGUCUGUCUAGAAGAAUUUGAUCCAUCAGUUAAAGAAGCAGCAACAUGGGCACUUGGCUAUAUUGCACGACACAAUGCAGAAUUAUCUCAACAUGUAGUUGAUGCCGGUAGUGUUCCAUUACUUGUAUUAUGUUUACAAGAACCUGAAAUAGCUUUAAAACGUGUUGCUGCAUCAGCACUAUCCGAUAUAGCUAAACAUUCACCUGAAUUAGCACAAACAGUUGUUGAUGCUGGAGCUAUAGCACAUCUAGCUCAAAUGAUUCUUAAUCCUGAUGCUCAACUUAAGCGACAAAUAUUUUCAGCUCUAAGUCAAAUAGCUAAACAUUCAGUUGAUUUAGCUGAAAUGGUUGUUGAAGCUGAAAUAUUUCCAGCAGCAUUUGCAUGUUUAAAUGAUUCCGAUGAAUAUGUGAAAAAAAAUUGUGCGACACUUAUACGUGAAAUUGUUAAACAUACACCUGAAUUAGCACAAAUGAUUGUUAAUGCUGGUGGAGUUGCUGCUGUUGUUGAUUAUGUUGCAACAACUCGUGGAAAUGUACGUUUACCAGGUAUUAUGAUGCUUGGUUAUACAGCUGCACAUACUGAAAGUUUAGCCAUGGCUGUUAUUGUUUCCAAGGGUAUUAAUCAAUUAUCAAUAGCACUCAAUGAAGAAACAGAAGAUCAUAUAUUAGCAGCAACAGCUUGGGCACUUGGUCAAAUAGGUCGUCAUACACCAGAACAUGCUAAAGCUGUAGCUGUAGCAAAUGUUUUACCGAAAUUACUUCAAUUAUAUAUGCGUACAGAUUUAUCUGAAGAUUUACAAACAAAAUCAAAAAAAGCUUUAAAAAAUAUUCUUCAAAAAUGUGUUUAUUUACCUGUAUUAGAACCAUUAUUACAUGAAGCAUCACCAAAUAUUCUUAAACAUGUUGUUGCACAAUUUUCAAAAGUACUUCCACAUGAUGCUAAAGCACGAAGAUUAUUUGUUACUAGUGGUGGACUUAAAAAGAUUCAAGAAAUAAAAACUGAAGAAGGUUCACCUUUGGCUGAAUAUAUCAAUAUAAUAAAUAGUUGCUUUCCAGAAGAAGUUGUCAAAUAUUAUUCACCUGGUUAUGCAGAUGAAUUACUUGAACGUGUUGAAAAUCAUGGCAACAGAGCAUAA